AUGGACGACCUUGACUUCCUUACUCAAGUUGCCGGCGGAGAUGCCACAGCUACGCUCAUGGUGCUGCUGCCUGAUAGCACCGUCACCCAAAUUCGCAACGUCAGCCCGUUCAGAAUCCUCGAGAAAUGCGCGCUCCUGUACCACGCCUUCGAGUUCGGCGCUCACUCCGUACGUCAAGCGAGCAUAGAGGCGACGUCGAGGCGCGCCGUCGUAUCACUACUUCGAUUCCUGUACACCGGCAACUACCUCGCAGCAGAGCAACAGUGUUCUCUCCUAACCCACGCAGAAGCCUUCAAGGUCGGCGAGGACUACGACGUCCCGGAGCUCCAGGUCUCUGCCUAUGUCAACUUCACCCGGGAGACCGAGUUCUCGUGCUCUCUGUCCACUCCACCACCGGACCUAUGCGACACCGUUCGCUUCCUCUACAAGUACUUCGCGGACCAACAGUGGCGUCAGCAGCAAUCUCUCCUCGAUACCCUCUUGAACUACUGCCUGGCCACAUUCAAAUACCAAGGGCUCGGUGAGCGCGAGGACUUCCGCCAGGUCGUUUUCGACACGCCAGCCUUCCACCGAGACCUCUGUCGGACUAGCAUGAACAGGGACUUCCAGGACGAGGGUAGCGAAGCCGAGUCAUCGGGCGAUGAAGAUGGCUUCACCCUCGUGCAUCGUCCCAAGGUCAGCGUGGAUACCACCGAAUCGGUCGGAUCACCCGCCAGCACAGCCUCAUCGAGCCCGGAGUCUGUGUCGGCCGUUACCGCCACCGUCAAGUGCGAAUCUCAGCACGACAGCCCUACCAAGGCCUCGGCCGAGGAGGACUGGGCUUUUGUCUAA